CGCGACGCGCACGGGACUCGCGCACGAUGAACGCGCUCGCUCAGGUUCAACUCUCCAGCAAGGUGACCGUUUCUGGUCUCAAGCAAACCGCGCGCGUGAACGCGCGCACGGUGAAGACCGCCGCGCACUGCUCCGCCGCCGAUGUGACGCGCAAGGCGGCGUCCUUGGCCGUCGCCGCCGCCGUCGCGGCGACGCCGUUGGUCGUCGUCGAAGAAGCCUUCGCGCGCGACGUGCAACCGUACGCCGGUUUGACCCCGUGCAAGACGUCCAAGGCGUUCGCAAAGCGUCAAAAGACCGAAAUUAAGGCGCUCCAAAAGCGUCUCAAGAAGUACGACCCGGAAUCCGCCCCGGCGCUCGCCCUCAACGCGACGAUCGAAAAGACGAAGACGCGAUUCGCCAACUACGGCGAAGCCGGUCUCCUCUGCGGUAAGGAUGGUCUCCCGCACUUGAUUGUUGAUGGUAACCUCGAGCACCUUGGCGAGUUCGCCGUGCCGGGCUUGGGUUUCCUCUACGUGGCGGGCUGGAUUGGCUACGCGGGCCGCUCCUACGUUCAAAUGAACAAGGAAACCGCCGCCAAGCCGACGCAAGGUGAAAUCAUCAUCGAUGUCCCGAAGGCGCUCGGCUUGAUGUUCCAAGCGGGUGCGUGGCCGCUCCUCGCCGGUCUUGAGCUCAAGAACGGUACGCUCACGGCGCCGGAGAGCGAGAUCACCGUCUCCCCGAGAUAAGCGACAUAGUAGAAACUCUCGAGCGCUUGCUGUACGAUCACGAGGACCUUCCUUUAUUAGUCAGAAGAAACGCGAUUUGUGAUUGCCAAACAUAAUGCUUCUUU